GGCGGUCUUGGGUGGGUUGCGCAGUGCCAGGGGUCGUGGUGGUUUAAAUCUUGUCUGGCUUAUCCGGCGCCGCCUGACCACCUGGAAGUAACUCCCCAAAUCCCACUCCGUCCCCUUCUUGCACAGAUGCAAUAUAAAGUUUGCCUGCUUAUCCUGCAGCGGCUGAACCCCGUGCAGCUCUGCCAGUUCCGCAGCGAGCAUGAAGCCCAUCAACUUGUCCUUUGCAGCCUGUGGAUUUCUGGGCAUUUACCACUUGGGGGCAGCAGCUGCACUUUGUAGGCACGGCAAGAAGCUCCUGAAAGACGUCAAGGCGUUUGCUGGGGCUUCUGCAGGAUCCUUGGUUGCUUCUGUCCUACUAACGGCGCCCGAAAAAAUAGAGGAAUGUAACCAAUUUACCUAUAAGCUUGCUGAAGAAACCAGAAGACAGUCUCUCGGGGCAGUGACGCCCGGUUAUGACAUCAUGGCCCGACUGAGGAGCGGAAUGGAGUUGAUUCUUCCUUCCAACGCCCACGAGCUGGCCCAGAAUCGACUGCAUGUAUCCAUCACCAACACCAAGACCAGAGAAAAUUACCUGGUCUCAAAUUUUUCCUCCAGGGAAGACCUCAUUAAGGUCCUCCUUGCUAGCAGCUUUGUGCCCAUUUACGCCGGACUGAGACCAGUGGAAUACCAAGGGCAGAAGUGGGUGGACGGAGGCCUCACCAACAGCCUUCCCAUCUUGCCUGUGGGCCGCACAGUGACCAUCUCUCCCUUCUGCGGACGACUGGACAUCUCCCCACAAGACAAAGGGCAGCUGGACUUGUACAUGAACAUCACCAAUCAGGAUAUAAUGACUUGCAUUGUGAAAAAACUUAUGGUCAAAACUUUUUGUUGCACAGAAAAGAAACUAAAAUCAAGUUACCUUAAGUCACAGAGAAAUAAAGGAAAGAGGAAAGAAUUCCACUUACCUGUGCUGAUACAGUCCAGGACUGUCUGGCAAACCUGGCUACAGAAGCUAAAAUGAAAAUCCAU